UUCUUUCCGGGACGGCAAACUGCGGUCGGGGGCCGUGACCCAGAGGACUGGGGAAGACCUGCUGGCUGGCUGCUGCAAAUCUAAUCCAUUCCGACCUUCUAGAAGCUUCAUCCAGCCCGCUGCUUUGGCUCCCCUCUCUUCCUUCCCCAUUUCGCCGCAGCAGUCCAAACCCUAGUUUAUUCCCCGCUCCCCUUCCUUCCACCCGCCGACGCGGCUUCGAGACAGGGUGAGCUGGGAGAGAGGACUAGAAGGAGGGUAUGGAUCGGAUCGUCGGCAGCAAGUACAAGCUCGGACGCAAGAUCGGGAGCGGCUCCUUCGGCGAGAUCUACUUAGCGACGCACGUCGACACCUACGAGAUCGUCGCCGUCAAAAUCGAAAGCAGCAAAACCAAUCAUCCGCAGUUGCUAUAUGAGGCCAAACUGUACAAUGCUCUUCAGGGAGGGACUGGUAUUGCAAACAUCAAAUGGUGUGGCAUUGAUGGUGAUGAAAAUAUUCUUGUCAUCGAUUUGCUUGGGCCAAGCCUUGAAGAUCUUUUUGUUUAUUGUGGCCGGAGGUUCUCACUGAAGACAGUCUUGAUGCUAGCAGAUCAGAUGAUAACAAGAAUAGAAUUUAUGCAUUCUAAAGGCUAUCUGCACAGAGACAUCAAGCCUGAUAACUUCCUCAUGGGUCUUGGUCGAAAAGCUAAUCAGGUUUAUGUCAUUGACUUUGGGCUCGCCAAGAGAUAUCGUGACUCAACCACCAACCGCCAUAUACCUUAUAGAGAAAAUAAAAACUUGACAGGAACAGCUCGCUACGCUAGUCGCAACACUCAUCUUGGGAUUGAGCAAAGCCGUAGAGAUGAUUUGGAAUCCAUUGGAUAUGUUCUUCUGUAUUUCCUCAGGGGAAGCCUUCCUUGGCAGGGCUUGAAAGCAGCCACGAAGAAACAGAAGUAUGACAAAAUAAGUGAGAAGAAGCUUUCGACUCCUAUUGAGGCUUUAUGUAAAUCCCAUCCUGCGGAGUUCUCUUCCUAUUUCCACUAUUGCCAUUCUCUGACAUUUGAUCAGCGGCCGGAUUAUAGUUUCUUGAGACGGCUCUUUCGAGAUUUGUUUGACCGUGAAGGUUAUCAGUUCGAUUAUGUCUACGACUGGACUUUGUUAAAGUGUAAGCAAUCCCAGAAGGCUAAGGCUCAACAAGGAUGCUCACAAGAUGCGGGUGUAAGCAGCCGUCCAGUUACAACGAAUGUGGACAAGCACAAAGUUAAUGUUGUACGCCCGGUUGAAGCCUCAGGUCUGGUUGAAGCAGAGCAACGCCCGGCAAUCAGAAUGCAACUGAAGCCCAGUGCUGAAAAUAGCCGUUCAAAUAAUCUGCAUCAUGAUAAAUUGAGAGUGACUGCUAGUCCUGAUAAUGCAUUAAUGCAAUCCACAUCACUUGGCCGUGUUGAUGCUCCUAGGAACACUGCGGCUGUCUCAAAAACACAUGGGUCCUUCGAUCCACACACUCGUGGAAGCUACAGUCCAGGGCCCUCUAACCGCAUUUAACCUUGGGAUCAUUUAGUUCCUAAAUGCAUGGUGGACAUUCAGUAAACUGUUGACUUUAAGAGAUGAUUUUGUUCACCAACCAGACAGCCAAUAUUUUCCUGGGACUUUAUUGGCAUGGUAACAACUUGGUCCGCAAUGAGCUGGGGCUGCCUGAUGUGGUUUUCGGAAGAAUCCUGGUCGAAGUUAAAUGCUUUUAUUCCUGAUGCAUGAAGCCAUUGCUGAAAAUAGCUGUCGGUUUUUUAUGGGGACGUCUGUAUUGCUUGAGGGUCCUUUCCAAAUAUAAUAAUGAUGCAUGUAUUCCAUGCUUAAAGAAAACUUGGGAAUUUCACCAGGAUAGCUUUCAUUUUAAUUAGGGGCCAGCAGCAGGGAACAGUGUGUGUGCUUUACCCGGUUUGCGACGUGCAACUUGUUUAACUUAAAGUGACAUGAUAUUUGACUUGGAUUGGCUGCAGCUUCCAGCGUGUUUGGCACCAAAUGGCACCAUGCAAAUAUUCCGAAGAGGUAUCUAGGAAGUUUAUGAUUUGGUUUGCAUGCAUGAACAGCUGACUGUUUUGGCUGCUUCACCAGUUUGCCUAUCUGCCAACAAAUGCUUAGGCACGUGAAAAUUGGUCAAGCCUGUUCACCCCUGAUACUAUAUUCAGCUUUCAAGAGCUACGCACUGCAGCUCAAGGGCUCAGAAUAAAGGGUUUCACGCAGAGGGAUGUCACAAGCCAAUGAACCAAAGUGAACAGAAACAAUUCCACUGACAAGGCUACCCCAGUUCUUUGGCAAGUCGAUGUUGUCAAAUGCAUACCGAGAGAUGAAUGGUGUAAGUUUGAACUGCCUGUACGUUUCAACAAAAACAUUCUUUGUAGACCAGCUUGAAGCAGAGGAACAUGAGGUGAUACUGGUUCUCCUGGUAAUAGCCCUGGCUCAUGCACCACCUGCCCUCCAAUCACAAUCAGCUUCACCACCUUGGUGGUCUUGUAGAUGUUUUUGGUACCAUUGGUGAUCAGCUUUAACUCAGCAUGUAUCUCAGAGUGAAGCCGCACAACUGCUGCUUGCCGGAUGGCAGUGUGGAGGGAUCAACAUUGUAUACCAGAGCACAUGUGUUUCCUCUUUCGUACUCAAGUGACACUUGUAGGCUAAUUCCAGCACUUCAUUCCCUUCUUCAGGGCGUACCCCAACUUUGCCGGUGGACUGCAGAACUUCACAUAUGAACAUACAUGCUGUUGACACGGAGUGGUUGUUGAAGUAGAUUGUAUCACCUUGUAUUCCUGGUGUCUUCUGAGGCCAUUGUCUUCACUGCCGUGGUGCUGGUGUGCCAGCCUCAAUGGCCUGGUCUAGCCAAUGGUGUGGUGGUUUUGCAUAAGUGGAGCUGCAGAACUGUAGCAGGGACUGGGUAAGUGAGUGCACGACAACUUGUGGUGGCUGUGUAGAGCAGCAAUGACCUUUGGAGGAUGGAUCCUUAAUUCUUUGUGGCACUGCUGAAGCCUUAUGUUUGACGCUUAGGGCAGAGUCGGCUCUGCUACUCGGCUUCCCACUACCAACCUGUGGACCUGUUAGUGGCAGAAUUGUGCACAGGAUUGCAGUGGGACCUGUGGAUUUUGUUACCUACGUCGUGUUUGUGCAUGCUACAGACGCGGGUAUGAAAUUCCUUCUUGGGUCUUGCAGGUCAAUUAGACAAGUACCAGAAACGGGUGGUUGGAGAUGAGCUCCUGACUUCACCUGUGGAUGUAGUGCAGGUUGGUGCUCGUAUACAAGUAAUGCGUCGAUCCACCUAUCCCCAUUCACUGUGACCACGUAUGUACAUUGGCAACUGUUUCAUGGUCGUUGGAUCUCGGCAAACCUAUACAAUGGUACAGCACGGUUGCUCACAUUUUUUACUAGAUUCUUUCUAGUGCAGCUCUUCUAUCCAUCCAUAUUUGACUAUAAACUUUAAUGUCGCUUAAAUAUGCAUCCUCAAUCUUCAAUACUAUUCAAUUUUGAUCCCUGUGCUACUCGAGUGGCGUGGCAACAAUUUUUUGUUUCUGAGUUGGUGUGUUUUAGCACCUACUCCGUUCCAAAAAAAUUAGUUGUUCUAGGAAUUAUAUGACAGAGUAACAUGGGAAAAUAAUAUUGCUGGCCCUUAUUUAUUAGCAA